AUGUGUAGGGGUCUUCGGGACCUCAUAUGGUCACUUGCACCACUCGAGGAACGAGAACGAGGCAGAGAUGAAAAGUACGCAGAGCAUGGGUGGGACAAGGGCAUAUGCAAAACACCAUUAUAUCCGCCAUCUAUUACGUGCACGAAUUCGCAGUGCGGCCAUGCCAACAAGGGCGUGGAGAUGCGCGACUAUGACAAGAUGGGCCGGGCCAUAAUAUUAACACUCAACGGCGGCGUCAAGUUCACAAAGGUUGUGAACCUGACGUGCGCAGGAUGCCGCCGUAGUUAUCGUCACAACUACUAUGUUCACAGCGACUCAAAGACUCGAACAUAUUACCCCGGCCCCAAUCUACCCCAGUAUAUUCAACUCGACGAACACCACUACGCCGAAACGGAGCUGUACCUCUGCGACAAACUGUGCCACGGCUUUUGA